AUGAUUGGCCCAAUUGUGAAGUCAGUUUACGGACAGAUCAUCGCGUCCACACCCCCUCUCGCUCUUCGCCCGGCCCCAAAGCCACACAUACACUAUGCUUUCGAGGUUGACUCGAGGUGGCCGCGAGAAGACCGUCGCAAGCGAAGGGCAUCAGCUUCAGGACUCGUCUAUUGUCGCCUGGGCGACUGUUCAAUUCGAAUGUGUGGCAAAAGUUAUCAGGGUUUGUACCAAGUAAAAAGCACUCUCAAGUCAAAUGGACGCAACCUGAAGCGACCCAAUUCAAAACUACUCACUAACCGUCAGAAAACGUACAAACAAGCAUGUCUUUAA